AUGCCUGGCUACCCGCCUGCAUCAAAAUUCUCACUUCCACCGCCUACGGCUUAUGUGUCACCAAUUCCACCUGUUCGGCCCGCGUCUUUAGACUCCAGAUCAAGUGAAAGCUCAUGUCCAAAUGCAGGAUCAAGAGCUUUGAGCUACACUGACCAAGUAACAGAUGUUGAGGACUCUUGUGCAAAGCCUUCACAGUCUUGCAAUUAUAAACCCGGGAAAGAAAUUGCUAAAGGGGGGGACUCAACUACAGAACCUCGGCGGAGGUGCAGUCAAAGCGCUGGAAGAAAAAUAAUGAAAAGCUCAAGUUAUCGUAUAGAGACUGAAUAUCUCAAAAGCCCCGCCGUCCAUGCCUCUUUCGGGUUCGAUAACGCUAAUUGUGUGAAAAUUAAACAUCUCCCUGAAAGAAUUAAGGACGGCAUUCGAACACUCUUAGAAAAAGGUUGGGAGCAUGGUAUCCAAAAGGAAGGCCCAUGUGCCAGGGACGAUGAGGGUUAUUACUUCAAACUCAGGAAGAGACCAUUUGGUAGUGGAAACACGUAUGUGGUAACUCGAAUGACACGCAACAUGAUUGCGUACUUGGCCUCCGAGGGUUGGAAAGUACAACCUGUUCCAUCACUUUUAGAUCCAUACGACACUUUGAAUUUUCGAAAAUGUGCAAAGCCCCUCCCAAAAUGUUACUGGCUUGCCAUGACAUACGGGCAUGCCGGGAAGUGGCGUCUGAAAGAUCAGUUAAGCAUUCUGGGUGGAGCAGACGAACUCAUUGACACCAUCCGCCUUACUUUGCAAGAAAUGAAUCUUAUCUCAAGACUCAAGAAGGAGCAUACUGAUUCUGCGAAAAAUUGGCACCAAUUCUGCAUCAAGGGCUCUUUUCUCCGUUCCGGAGGCCCUGAAAAGAAAAAGACGAUGAUGCUCAGGAUUAUGGAGAGGCUUGAGGAACGUGGUUGGGUCUUAUAUGUCGGGUGGCAUCGAAUCUAUCACGAACGGACAGAUUACGAACAGAAAAUUGGGACUUGGUUGUGCGUGAAGAGUCGUGAAUGGAAGCCUAAUAAUCCAGUGAAGAUUCGCUGGCAGAGUGAUUUUAAUUGA